AAGUUGUAGCCCAUAAUACUUCCUUGGAAAGGGUUUCAAGAUGGCGUUCCGUUUUGUUCGUGUGUUGACGAGAAGAGGUUUUAAUACCUCAGCAGUGAGGGCUAAUCUAAAAGAAGAACUUCUAGCUGAAGAAAAACAUGCUACAGGUACCAUGAAGACAUGGAAAUUGAUUUCUGGAAUAGUAGCAGUGCCUGCCCUCAUACUGUGCACAUAUAAUGCAUAUGUAUGUGAGGUUGAACAUCACACACAUCCAAGGCCUGAGUUUGUUCCCUAUAGYCAUCUAAGGAUCAGAAAUAAGACUUUUCCAUGGGGAGAUGGCAACCAUUCCCUCUUUCACAAUGAUCAUGCCAAUGCUCUUCCAGAGGGCUACUCUGAUGGAGAUGAUCAUGAACAUUAGGUUUUCUGCCUUGUCAAGCUGCAUUCUAUCGUAAUGCUUUAAAAACAUUUGUUAAAUUUCUGUGUGUGGAUUAAACAUGAAAUAAAUCUCUUUAUGCACAUUG